UUCUCCAAAGACCUUCCACCCAACAGCAACCAUGAAACUCUUCCUAUUGGCUUUCCUCUGUUUCUGUGGCCUCAUAGCAUAUACUGUGGAAGGUGUGGGAAGUGAAGUCAUGAAAAGAAGAUUUUGUGUGAGUCUGACAAGCAAGCGCAUACCUGUCAACUCAGUCAAAAGCUACAUCAUUGAAGAGGGCUCAAUGAGAGCAGUGAUUUUUGUCACCCGUAAAGGGAUUAAAAUUUGUGCUGAUCCUGAGGUCAGUUGGGCAAAAGGUGUCAUCAGAGCUGUGGACAGCAGAACCACAAAAAGAAACCUGACUCAGACCAAGCCUACCUCACAACCAUCUACUGACAGGAUCAUGAGCAUAUCUGGGAAGCCAACAUCUAGGAGUGUGGCUUAAUGGAUAGUUUGCUGCACUGGAACUCAAGAAGAUAUGGAUUCAAAUCCUAGCUGUGUCACCUGGACUAAUCAUUUAACUAUAGAAUUGACCUCACAGAGUUACUGUGGUGAUAAAAAUAGAGAAUAUAUUUUGCAUACUUAAAAGUAUUAUAUAAAUGCCAGUUAUUAUUGCUUGCACUUUGUCUCUCCUGCUGGCUUUCAAAGGAAAUAAAGUGACUGUAUUCUCAUGAAUUGAUUGGAUUGUAUUCACCUUUCAGGAAGGACUGUAUGAGCCAGAAGAUACUCUGUACUUUCAUUUUUCAUGUUCAUGUUUUUAUAUUCAUUUUAGAAUUAUGAUUAAAAUAUUUAUUUUUUCAGAAUAA